AUGUCGAGCACGUCCGCCAAGCGCCCUCCGGCCAAGCGCGCCCAUCCCAAGUACAGCGAGAUGGUCGCCGCCGCCCUCAGGGCCCUCAAGGAGCGCAACGGGUCCUCUCGCCAAGCCAUCCUCAGGUUCAUCCUCGCUUCCUUCCAGAUCGGGGACGAGAAGUUCGCCGGCGUUCACCUGAAGCAGGCGCUGAGGAGGGCCGUUGCCGGCGGGUCCCUUCAGCAGACCAAGGGCACCGGCGCCUCCGGUUCCUUCAAACUUUCGAAGGAGGAAGAUGCUGCCACAAAAUCCACAGCAAAGAAGGUUUCUCCGAAGUCCUCCACAAAGAAGCCAGCCGCUAAGAAAGUAUCCCCAAAGCCCUCCGCUAAGAAGGCGUCCGCCAACAAACCACCGACGAAGAAAAACGGAGUGAAGAAGGACAAAGACACAAAGAAACCUAUCGCUAAAAAAGUAUCUACAAAGGAGGCCAAAGCAACAAAGAAAGACACGACCAAAGCAACCGUCAGAAGCUCAUCACAACCACCCUCGGCCUUGGCUUCACCAAACGCCUUUUCAGAGCGUCUUCGAGUGCAUUAG